AUGGCUUUCAUCAAAUACGCCCUCCCCGCUCUUGCUGCGGCCCAGGUCGCCAUGGCUGCCAGCUGUGGUAGCACCGACAGCACCAUCACCAUCUCCAGCCAGAGUGACCUUGACAGCUACGCGACCUGCACCACCCUCAAGGGUGAUGUUGAGAUCAGCGAGAGCGCCUCUGGUGACCUCACCCUCAGCGGUGUCACCUCCAUCACUGGUGGACUGAGCUGCACCGGCGGCAGCAACAUCACCUCUUUCAGCUCUUCCUCCCUGAGCUCCAUCGGCGACACCUUCAAGCUGGACGGUCUCACUACCCUUACCACCCUCAGCUUGACCAACCUCACCAGCGUUGGCUCCAUCUCCUGGACUGCUCUCCCCGAGCUGCAGUCCCUGGACUUCACCAAGGGUGUUUCCGAGGCCGGCAGUGUCACCAUCACCAACACUGGUCUUACCAGCUUGGACGGUAUCUCCCUCAAGACCGUCGGUACCUUCGACAUCACCGAAAACACCAACCUGAAGACCGUCAACGUCAACGAGCUCACCAACGCCACUGGUCUGAUCAACUUCGCUGGUAACAUGGACUCCCUGCAGAUUAUCCUCCCCAACCUCGGCACCGGUACCAACAUGACCUUCCGUAACGUCAGCGGUGUCUCCAUCCCCUCUCUCGAGACUCUCAGCGGUCAGCUUGGUUUCUGGGGUAACACCUUCACCAACUUCAGCGCUGCCAACCUCACCACCACUGGUGACCUUGUCUUCGACGACAACACCAAGCUGAACAACAUCAGCAUGCCCGUCCUGAAGACCGUCAACGGUGGAUUCCAGAUUGCUCGCAACGACAAGCUUAAGUCCAUCAACUUCCCCGACCUGAAGGAGGUUACUGGUGCCAUUGACUUCAGCGGUGACUUCGACGAGGUUUCCCUCUCUUCCCUGACCGAGGUCAAGGGUGGCUUCAACAUGCAGAGCACUGGUAACUUCAGCUGCAGCGCCUUCAAGACCCUGCGUGAGAACAACGUCAUCCGUGGUACCUACACCUGCAAGGCCAGCACCUCCGACCCCACCACCAGCGAUGGAUCCUCUGGCACCUCUUCCUCCACCACCAGCAGCAGCAGCUCUUCCUCCACCAGCAGCGACAGCGCCUCCGUCAUGAACGUGGCCAACAUGCCCGCUCUUGGUCUUGCUGCCGUCCUCGGUGGUCUGAUCCAGUACGCUCUGUAA